UGUUCUGGCACACUGGAUUCCUUAGUACAGAGAGCAAAAUGGCAGAGACUUAUGCAUCCCACUUUGGGAUCAACAACAUUCCGUAUGGCAUCGCAAGCUCGUCAAAACGCACUUCACCACAAGCCGUCACCCGGAUUGGAGAUGAAGUCGUCUUUCUCGCCGAGCUCGCAGAACAGGCAGCUUUCGAAUCGAUUUCUCCUCCAUUGAUUCCCAUCUUCUCCGAGCAAACUCUGAACACAUUCGCCGCGCUACCAAAACAAACAUUGGCACAAGUUCGCUCAGCCAUUCAAAUCGCAGUCAAAGGUGGGCAGCAUAAAGGGAGCUCCGAGGGUAUCAAAGAUGUUACUAUGCAUCUUCCCGUUCGCAUAGGCGACUUCACCGACUUCUCCGUAUCGCCCGAUCACGUCCAGAACGCACCAGAAGCUCUCUUCGGCGUGCGAAAGUUCCCUGCUACAUUUCACCAAUUUCCAAUGGGCUAUGCAGGCAGGUGCUCUUCGAUAUACCCCUCAAGUACGCCGAUAUACCGUCCGAUGGGUCAAUACAUCGAAGACUUCACAGCACCCGAGAAGAAGGUUGUCUUCGGCGCAUCGAAGGGACUGGACUACGAAUUCGAGAUCGGUGCUAUCGUCGGGCGGCCCGUACCAGCAGGAGCGGGGACAUAUGCAAAGGAUAUGGACGAGCACAUCUUCGGGCUCGUAUUGGUGAACGACUGGAGCGCUCGUGAUAUCCAAGGGAAUGAGAUGCGGGACCCACUUGGACCCUUUGCCGGAAAGAAUUUCUCGACUUCCAUUUCGCCUUGGAUCAUUACGCUGGAGGCGCUUAAAGCAUUCGAGGUCCCGGCGGCGCCUCAUACCGCGCCUGUCGCUGAGUUCCUACACGACCCCAACAGCAUCUCGUACGACCUUACGGUGGAGGGUACAGUUACUAGAAAAGGAACUGUAUCGAGAGUGUGCAAGGUUGGGUUUGCUCAUAUGUAUUGGACUUUCAGACACAUGCUUGCUCAUAACUCCAUCGGGGGGUGUGGGUUGAAUACCGGCGAUCUGUUAGCCAGCGGGACAGUUUCGGGCACAGCAAAGUCGGAACUGGCGUGCCUAAUGGAGCUUACCAUGAACGGAAAACAGCCAUUCAAGUUGAAUGAUGGAUCGGAGCUCAAGUAUUUGGAUGAUGGAGAUGUUGUUGGUUUUACAGUGAGAGCAGGCACAGAGGGUUCAGAAGUGGGGUUUGGGGAGUGUAUAGGGGAGAUAAAACCUUCACGAGGGUCUGCGGCUCAUUUUUGA